UUCCAAUGUUUUGUUGACAGAACCAAAUUUAAACGAAAAACCAGAAGAAAAUGUUUUUACAGUUACAAAAGAGUCUAUAUUGAAGAAACGAAAAUCUUAUCAAAAUAAAAAGAUAAAAGAAUUAAAAUUGCCUUUUAGAAUUAAAACAUUAAGUAAGUAAAUUUUUUGGUGGAGGGGGGAUCUUUAUAAAAAUAAUUUAAAUAUUUUUAUUUUUUAAGAAAAUCGGUUUUUAAAAAAGAUGAGAAUAGGUAAAUUAGAAAAUGAAAAACAAAAAAUUAAAGAAAAAUGGGAAAAAGAAAAAGGUAAAGAAAAAUUGGAGGAGGGGUUGUUGGAAGAUGUUGAAAUUAAUUUUGAUGAAGAAGAAUUGGAAGAAGGAAUUUUGGAAGAUUAUAAGGAGGAGAAGAUUAAGGAGAAGAUAAAGGGGAAAAUGAUAAAAAUGGAAGUGGAGGAAGAGGAGGAAGAUUAUGAUGAGGAUGAUGAUGAUGAUUGGGAUCUGACAAAUCUUGAUUAUUUGGAUUGUUGUGAUGAGGAAGAUGAGGAGGAAGAGGCAAAGGAAGAUUUAAGAGUAAAAGAAUUGGUAGAAAAUGAAAUUUGUAAAAAUCCAGAUAAUUCUUUAGAAUGGGAAGAAUUGCUAAAUAAUUUUAAAAAACUUGAAAUUAAUUUAAAAAAAGAAAAAGAAAAAUUAAAUUUUAAUUUAACAAACCAAAAAUCGCGUUUUUACAAAGAAGGGAACUAA